CCAAGGAGUAGUGGGCAUUGAGCCGUGCACCCAGGGCCGCCAGUAUGUUCAGCUGGAUGAAGAAGAAUGAAAAGAAAAAUCCCGAGGUGAUCCACACAGUUACGGAGGGCCUGAAGGACCUCUACAAGAAGAAGCUUCUACCGGUGGAGGAGUUCUACCGCUUCCACGAUUUUCAUUCACCAGCCCUGGAAGAUGCUGACUUUGACAACAAGCCAAUGGUUCUGGUGGUUGGGCAGUAUUCCACCGGCAAGACCACCUUCAUCAAAUACCUGCUGGAGCAGGACAUCCCUGGGAGUCGCAUUGGGCCCGAACCCACCACCGACUCUUUCAUUGCUGUCAUGCAUGGCGAAACAGAAGGGAUCAUACCCGGCAACGCUCUCAUCGUAGACCCCAAAAAGCCCUUUCGAAAACUCAACCCCUUUGGAAACACUUUUCUCAACCGGUUCAUGUGUGCCCACUUGCCCAACCAAGUGCUGGAAAGCAUCAGCCUUAUCGACACCCCGGGGAUCCUGUCUGGUGCUAAACAGCGUGUGAGCCGAGGCUACGACUUCCCAGCGGUGCUGCAGUGGUUUGCUGAGCGUGUGGACCUCAUCAUUCUUCUCUUUGACGCCCACAAGCUGGAGAUCUCGGACGAGUUCUCAGAGGCCAUCCGGGCCCUCAAGGGCAACGAGGACAAGAUCCGGGUGGUCCUGAACAAGGCCGACAUGGUGGAGACGCAGCAACUGAUGCGGGUCUACGGCGCACUCAUGUGGUCGCUAGGCAAAGUGUUCAAUACACCCGAGGUGCUGCGUGUCUACAUCGGGUCCUUCUGGUCGGAGCCACUGCUCAUCUCCGACAACCGACGGCUCUUUGAGCUCGAGGAGCAGGACUUGUUCACGGACAUCCAGAACCUGCCCCGAAAUUCUGCCCUGAGGAAGCUCAAUGAUCUAGUCAAGAGAGCCCGUUUGGUCAGGGUCCACGCUCACAUCAUCAGCCACCUGAAGAAGGACAUGCCCUCCGUGUUCGGCAAGGAAAAUAAAAAGAAGCAGCUCAUCAACAAACUGCCUGUCAUCUUUGCCAAGAUCCAGCUUGAGCAUCACAUUUCACCCGGCGAUUUCCCUGACUGCCAAAAGAUGCAGGAGCUACUGAUGGUGCAUGACUUCACAAAGUUCCACGGACUGAAGCCGCGCAUGAUGGAUGCUUUGGAUGAGCUGUUGACUUUGGACAUUGCCAAGCUGAUGCCCCUUCUGCGCCAGGAGGAGAUAGAAGUCCCUGAGCAUGUGGUUCAGGGUGGGGCCUUUGAUGGCACCCGCAAUGGGCCCUUUGUGGAAGGCGCUACCGAAGGGGCCUAUGAAGGAAUGGAUGAUGAAGAGUGGGUGGUGACGAAGGACAAGCCCAAGUAUGACGAGAUCUUCUACAAUCUCUCCCCGAUGGACGGCAAACUGAGCGGCACCAAGGCCAAGAACUGGAUGGUCACCACUAAGCUGCCGAACUCAGUGCUGGGCAAGAUCUGGAAGCUGAGCGAUGUGGACCGCGACGGCAUGCUGGAUGAUGAGGAGUUUGCUCUUGCCAGCCACCUCAUCGAAGUCAAAUUGGAGGGCCAUGGCCUACCCUCCGACCUGCCCCACCACCUCGUGCCGCCCUCCAAACGCCGACAGAAGGGGUCAGCCGAAUAAGAAGGCCUCCCAGGCU